CCAACAAUGGGGAUUGAUGAUUAUGAUUUCACGAAACCAGGAGCAAUCCCAUUUCAAUGGGAAAUCCGCCCCGGAGUACCCAAAGUCCAACACCAAAAACAACCACCGCCGCCGCCGUUACCACCACCGCAAGUUUGUGAAUACAAUCUUAGUCCACUAAAACCGCCACCAGCAGGGUCCGUGUUCGUACCACCAGGAGAGCCACGGACCAGGUCGUUUCGUUCGGGCAAUGCAACCCGAACGCGCUCAGAGCGGUGGCGGUUUGAGAAGCCGAAUAUCCUGGCCAGGGGACCCGAGAUUGUUUCGUCACCCGGGUGCUUCUUGUCUCCUCUACUAAGAAGAAAGUUGAGCGGGAAAAAGGGGAAGAGUGGUGGUGCUAGGACGGUACCUGAGCCAGCACCGAAGUCAGAACCUGACUGUAGUUCUGACCUUGAAACACUAGCCCGGUGGUCGGUUUCUUCCCGGAAAUCUCUGCUUUCGCCGUUCCGUGACUCACAGUCGUCGAUGUCGUCGUACUCGUCCUACCGGUCGUCUCCACGGCCGGUAAGUGACGCAGAGUGGGCAGGGUUCGGACUCUUUUAGCAAGCUUUGCAUGGCUUUCAAUGGUGAAGAGGUUUUUACAGUGUCAUUUUCUUGUGUUGUAAUUCCAAAGCUUUGUAAUUCCUAAACCCUAAUCCAAAGCAGCAUGAUUAAUAUUUGCUUGCGUGCUUGCUUGUGGUAAAAGCAUUUUUCUCUUUUUUGCCUUUUCCAUUAUGUGCUAUCAUAGUAGUCAGCUCACAAGAUUGUGUGUGUUAGUGCUUGAAGAUCUUGAAAUGUAGUUGUGGAAAAAUGCUAGGACGUAGUAUCACUAUCCUACAUAAGUCGAAUGAAGAUGCUUUUUCAUG